AUGCCAUUCUCCUUCUCCUUCUCAUUCUCAUUCUUAUCCCUGCUUGCUUUCCUCUCCUGCCGUGUCCUCGCCGCCGUCUAUCCCGACCCAGCCAACGACUUCUCCUGCCACAGCGCCAUCCAUCCCAACCCCGUCAUCCUCCUGCACGGCCUCGGCGCCACCUACUACGAGGACCUCAACUACCUAGGCGACUGGCUGCGCAGCCAGAACUUCUGCGUUUUCAGCCUCACGUACGGCGCCUACGAGGGCCUCCCACCGCUGGGCGGCCUGCUACCCGUCAACGAGUCCGCGGCCGAAAUCGCCUCUUUUGUGCGGGAUGUCCAUGACAAGACGAAUAACGGUACUGGCAAAGUCGACCUCGUUGGACACUCCGAGGGCGCGUUUCAGACGCUCUACGUCCCCAAGUUCGAGGGAGUCGCGCCCCUGAUUGACCAUGUCGUUGCCAUCGCGCCGCCUACGCACGGUACCUCGUUCGCUGGCCUCGUCAACCUGGCGUACGCCCUCGGCGGGAACGCAACGCGGGAGCUGGUCAGUUUCGUCCUGAACACCGUCGGCUGCCACGCAUGCGACGACCUGGCAGACGGCGGGUGGGCAAUCGCGAAGCUGAACGACGGACAGCCGAUCGCGCAGGCAGGCAACAGCGUGACGGUGCUGAUGUCGCAGGACGACGAGCUCGUCACGCCGCCGUCGACGUCGGUCGUUGACGAGCCUGGCGUGACAAACCUGUAUGUGCAGGACGUGUGUCCGUCUGGUCCCGUGGGGCAUAUUGGCGAGGCGUACGAUCUGAAUGUGUGGAAUUUGGUCCUUAAUGCGUUGGAGGACACGCCUGAUCGGACGUUUUCCUGCACGGUGGGGGCGCCGGUGUUUGUAUAUACAAGGGCUUGA